CUCAACAGCGCCACCGACUAUAAAUAUACCUUUAGAAAUCUCUCUCCUUGCACUUCCUCUUUCCACUUUCCAUCUCUCUUGUGUUGUUUCGCAUUCAAAUAAUGGAGUUUCAGAGAGGAGAACAAGUAGAAAUAUGCAGCAACGAGGAAGGAUUUCGAGGCUCCUACUAUGAAGCAACAGUGAUCAAACGCCUUACUACCAGUUCCUAUGCUGUGCAGUACAAGAACCUGCUAGAGGAUGAUGAAUCGGGGCCGUUGAUCGAGGUGGUGUCUAGUGAUGAAAUCCGGCCGCUGCCUCCGAAUCCAUCAAUGCAAUCUCCGGUUUCACGUUUUGUCAUGUUUGACAAGGUUGAUGCUUUCCACAACGAUGGGUGGUGGGUUGGGAAGAUAGUUGGUAAAGCAUAUUCCUUUUACUAUGUCUCCUUCGACACUACUGGAGAUGCAAUUCCUUAUCAUGUUUCUAAGUUGAGAGUUCAUCAAGAUUGGGUCAAAGGGAAGUGGAUUUCCUCCAAGUGAACGUAUUAUUCUUCUCUUCUUUAUAGGCUUCCUCUAUUUUUCUGUUCUUUUCUUUCCCCUUAAAGAUUUCGAGUAGACCAGUGUGUUUACUUGUAAUGUAGGCAACCUUUACAAAUUGAAACUUUAGGUUUCUUCCAUAGCUAAAAGUCGAAAUAAAGACAUUGUUUAAUGUUAUUUUGGGUGCCUAUGUAAUCGUUUCAUUCCAAACUGAGAUUCAAGAUGGUCUACAAAAA